CCCAGGGGAGUUUAUCGUGGUCACUCCGAGCAAGCCUGUCGUGGCUGAGGUCGGCCAGGAUGCUGUGUUGGGUUGCCAGCUGGUUCCGGCCGAGGUCCCUGUGGAGAUGGAGGUGCGCUGGUUCCGGGAGGACUGGUCCAAGGUGGUGCACCUGUACCGGAAGGGGCAGGACAGUCCUGAGUCCCAGAUAGCACAGUACUCCGGGAGGACGGAGCUGUUCAAGGACUCCUUUCCCUAUGGGAACGUCUCCCUGCUGCUGAAGAAGGUGACCGUGCGCGAUGCGGGACGCUACAAGUGCUUCGUGGUCUCCAAGGCUCUGGACGAGGAGGGCUCUCUGCAGCUGCAAGUUGCCAGUAUGGGACAGCCGCCCACGAUGAAGAUGGUGGGCUAUGAGGGCAACAGGAUCCUGGUGGGCUGCGUCUCGGAGAAGUGGUUCCCGCGGCCGCAAGUGAUGUGGCGGGACACCGCGGGCCAGCGCAUCUCAGCACACAAGGAGUCGGAGGUAGCGGACGACGCUGGGCUCCUGAGAGUGGAGAGUGUCAUCGCUGUGAGUCACGCCACGCCUGGUGUGUACUCCUGUGUCAUCCAAAACCCGCUUCUGGGCCGGGAGUACGAGGGUCGGCUGGAGAUACCAGGCAUGUUCACCCUGUGCUCAGCUCUGGCCAAUGUUACAGAUGGGGUUACACAUCUUGGGGGGAGUGACACGGGCUUUGAAGGUGGUGCAGAGGAGGGUCACUAGGUCAAGUUUGGAGGUGAGGGGGUUGUCCUUUAAAGAGGGAUUGAGUUGACUGGGGCUAUUCUUGCUGAAAUUCACAUUUGUGAAAUGAAUUUAUAAUCAGAGUGCAUAUAUAUUGCCAUAUGCUACCUGGAGUUCCAUUUACUUGAUGGCAUUUACAAGUAAUAUAAAGAAAUACAAUAGAAUUUCUGAUAAACUAAAAAACAACUAAAAAAGAACAUAUUUUGCAAAUAGAAAAGAUAAUAUUGUGAACAUGAGUUGAAAAGAGUUCCUGAAGGUGGGCACCACACAAGAUGCUGGAGGAACUCGGCUGGCCAGGGAGCAUCCAUGGCAAAGAGUACAGUCGCUGUUUUGGGGGGAGACUCUUGGGCAGGAGUUUGCAGUUGUAGAAUCAGAUCAGAGUUGUGGAGAGUGAAGUUCUCCACACUGCCUCAGAGUCUGAUGGUUGUCGGGUAACAACUGUUCCUGAACCUGGUGGUGUGGGAGCGAAGACUCCAGUUCCUCCUGUUCAGAAGAAUGAGAGGGGAUCUUCAAGGGAUUAGAUGAGGGAUUAUCUUCAUUUAUCACCGGUACAUCGAAAUAGGGGACUCAGUGAGUGAACAGACAGGAGAUUCUGUGGAUGUGAGCGGGACAUCUGGGUGGUAUGUUGCCUCCCAGGUGUCUGGGUCAGGGAAAUCUCAGAUCACGUCAACGUUUUGGAGAGGGAGGGAGACCAGCUGGAUGUCUUGGUACAUAUUGGUACCAAUGACAGAGGAAGGAAAGGCAAUGAGGUCCUUUGAAGAGAUUUUAGUGAGCUAGGUAGAAAGCUAAGAAGCAGGAUCCCCCCCCGACCCGCGUAGUAAUUUCUGGAUCGUUGCCUGUGCCAUGUGCCAGUGAGGGUAGAAACAGGGUGAUUUGGCAGAUAAAUGCGUGGCUGAGAAAGUGGGUGGGACUGGAGUGAAGGGACUCAGGAUAGGACGGAUGGUAAAAAAGUAAAGAUAGCGUGCAGUCGGGGUGUCAGGGAGGGCAGAGAGGUGAUGGGACGUAGUCACAGGCAACAGGAUAAGUAUCAAAACAUUAGGGAUGCAGAAUCAGAAAGGAUAACAAAUACGGUACUCAAGAUGUUGUAUCCCAAUGUGUGAUGGAAUGUUAAGUUUUAUUCAUUGUGGACUGUGCCUUUAAGAACCCUGCCUGUGGGUAAGAGAAAGCUGUACAGUACAAACAGCUUGUUGCAGUGUGAGAGAGAGGGGCGGACACUGCUCACAGUUUGUUUGGGAUUUAUGCAAGGACACUGCCAUCUUCUGAGUUCCUACAGAGAGAGAGGUGGAGUUAUUUGAUGGACAAUUAAUGUUUAUGAUUUCUUGUGGCUUGUUUUGAAUAAGCAAGGUCAGAUGAUCCUCUCACAGACACACACACAGAGACUCGUGCAGUCAGAGUCAAGAUGGAUUCGGUCAGUGGAAGACACCAGUGAGACGGUCACUGGUUUAAACUUUCAGUAGCCCAAAGGGGUGAGUUGAGACCGAUCCAGAAUAUUGAUAACUGACUCUCACAAGUUGCAGAGAGGAGAGGAGAGGAAGGUUUGAAACAGAGGAAACCUAGUGACACUGUUUGUUCUCUCUCCACGUAGCUUGUGAGGAUAAGUUUGUUUCUAUUCGGAUACGAAAGUGUGUUUAUCACGGAGUUAAUCCACAGGAGUGGGUUCUCUGGUGAGGGGAAAACCUUUGAGAGUACCACGUGUGUGUUUACCCUUUCUCUGGGUGUGGUAGUUCACUGAAGAAAGGCACCCCUGUGGCAAAUCACUGUUGGAGUUAUUUCGUAUAUCGUGGAACUGGAUAAGUGGCUAUCACGUUGUGUGUGAAUGGGCUAACCUUGUAGAAUCCACUCGUGUGUCUACCCUUGCCUGGGUGAUAGUUCCGUGGAAGAGGAUCCCCUUUGUGAUAAGCUACUGUUGAAGAAGUUUCGGGGAUUUAUACAUUUAUGCCUAUAUAUGCAUAACACUGUUAACUCUGUUUUUCCUGGUGUAAGUUACUAUAUGACAUAGUUACUAAUAAAAUAGUGUUUUGUUAACAGCAAAA